UACGGCAGUCACUUGAAAUAUAAGCGGCAACAUGCACUUUGGCUACCGAUAACCGAAACCGCUCUUAAAUUAUUCACAGUUCUCUAGACCAAUGGGGAUUGUCCAAGUCCUGUUUCCGAAAUUAACUAUUUAUUUAAUGAGUUGAGAAGGUGCUAUAUAAUUCCGGUGUUCAUAGUUAUGGAGUUUCGUUUACUCGUUGUUUGUAGGAAGUUUGUUUAAGUUUGACUCGCCUGUGUGUUUAACAUGCCAACAAACAAGCUGCGGACUGGAAUCCUAUGCAUCGUAAAAGUCGUAUCGAUUCUUAAUGAACGAUUUUAUGGCAUAGUCUUUGACGUUUGUAUAGCAAUUGAAGAAAUGUUCAGAGAGGAAAAAGCUGCGAUGUCUGAAUCAUCAGAUAACUUGAAAAUAACUUUAAAAGAAUCAUCUAAUUUAGGUUCAUACGUGAAAAACGAUGUGACAAUGGAAAGGGAAGAGUUCGAGGAAUUCCUCCAUGAUCUUAAUGAUAAAUUAACAGAAAUUGUUAACCAAAUACAACAUAUUACGUCUGGUGUGAAAUAUCGUACUCAUUUAGGCUAUAGUUCAAGUACAGAAAAUGAGAAAGCUCGAUCUUGCUGUUAUAGGUCGAAGAAAAAUUUUUCUUCAAAAACAAAUGAAAGAAAAACAUGCAUUUUAGAAGAUAAAUCAACUGAACUUGCUGCUUACGAAUCUGAAAGCGAAAUUCGAUCCAAAUGCAAUUUUGAUGAUGCACGAAAUAGAGCAGGACCAUCCAGUACAAGCAACCAAAAUUUGUCUUUUACAGGUUUAGAGAAUCGGGAAAAUGUUGCUGAAUGCAAAGUUUUUGAGAUCAGAAGUUCGAGUACAAAAGAAAGUGAUUCUUGUUCCCGACCUAGAAAAAAGCUAAGUUACAGGAUAUUGAGUAAAAUGCUAAGCUCACACACCAUUAAUGGAACGAUUCCUAAUAAAUCCGAAACCGAAACUGAGUCCGUUUGUGGCUUUAACGAUGAAAGGUCUUUGGAUUGCCAAGACGUUUCUGGUGAUAUAAGAGAAAUGCGGGUUUAAACAAACUAAUAGCAAUGAAAUGCAACAAAGUAGACACAGGAGUUUAUCUGCUUUCACCAGAGGUAAUCGAAUAAGACUGCACCCACCCAAAAUAUUCUGUAAGAGAAUUGAACAUGUGAACCAAAAAGAACUUGAAAUGUUUUACAGGGAUUGCAGAAAACGAAAUUUUAGCUAUGCAAUUUUCGGAUCUAAGAUGAAAUAAAUUCUAUAAUGUUUUUAAUCAUUUCAGUUAACAAAUUUUAUUUUUUUGUUCACUCUGCUUAGAAGUUUUCAUUUGGAAACAAGUAGUUCAUUGAAAUAUUUUUCUGCAGCCUAGUAGUGCAGUUCGAAUGGAAAAUUUUACUUUUGAGUUAUUUUCAAAUGUAACACGGAAAAAAUUGCUGCAUGAAAUUUAGAAUAGUUAUUGUAUAUGUAUUUUUCUAGUUAGUAUAUUUGAAAAUUUUAUAAAAUUUUUUAUCUUUAAAUUGAGUUAAAUUUUUAAUUAUGCAACCAGAUUAAUUUGUUUGUUAAAUGUCCAAAUCUAAAUUAUUUCCUAAUUUAUCAAAUCUUCAGAAUCGGCGUCUGAAAUUGCAUUUGUUGUCUUUGAAAGUAAAGUAAAUUUUCAGAUUUGAAUGUAAUCAAUUUUGUUUUC